GAUGUCGCUGUAUUUUAAGUGUACAAUUUAGCUGGGGAUGUUUUCGAACAUAGAAUCCCACGACCGGAGUUGAAUGUCUAUUUUACAGUUUUCGUGGUCAUGUUAUCGUUAUACACAAAUGCUUUGGAUGCGAAUGUCGGCGAAUGUGACAGCUGAUACAAUGUAAACUCGUUGAUGUGUGCGUGAGCUAAGCUGAUGUUGAAGUACAUUUGUUGAUAUGCUAGGAGGAGAGAAGCAAUGAAAUAAAUAUAUGUUGAGUGAGUGGACGUAGAGAAUGAUAUCAGAAUGUACUGUGCGCAUGUAAUAUGCUGCCUGCUCAGCGCCGUGUUUGCCUGUCGAGUGUCAAUGUCGGGUGUUUUUUUGCAAUUAUGCUAGCAUAAGGGAGUAUCACGAGAAUUAGUAAAUUACUAUGGCCCAGGGAAGUUCUAGUGGAACUUCAUCUCGUCGUCAUGGACGGAAUGAUCAUGAUACUGCUUCCAUUUCUUCAAGUAGAUAUGCAGAUGCAGAUUGGGAGGCAAAGGAGGCUAUGCGCCAGAGGGAAUUGGAGGAAGCCAGAGCUCGGGCCACACAAAUGGAAAAGACUAUGCGUUGGUGGUCAGAUUGUACAGCAAAUUGGAGAGAAAAAUGGAGCAAGGUACGAAAUGAAAGAAAUAAGGCUCGAGAGGAAUCAAAACUGUUGCGUACACAAUUAGAUGCUGCUAUGAAAGAUAUUAAUUCAUAUAAAAGGGAGAAAAUGGAAUUGGAAACGCAAAAUGAUCAAUUGAAAAAGGAAGUUGAGAAAAUACAUUUACUACUGCUAAAACAUGCUGGACAGUGGGAUCAGCAGCUGUUAGAUGCUUUGCAGAGUGAGGACCCAGAAAAAGAUUUAAAUCCUGUUAAUGACCUAGAUGUGAAUAGUGAAGUUGUUCCUGUUUCACCGAGAAACUCGGGUUUGUUAGAUUCUGUAGAGCCAGGUAGUGGGUCUAGUGUAGAUCAGUACAGCCUUAAUGAACCAGUUCAGUCCAGGCUUGAGAAGGAACCAGAUGAUAAAGACAAUUUUCAAUCUACACAAGAUAAAGAUCCUUUCAUUGAGGAAUAUGUUCUUCAAGGAGCGGUUCCACGUCAUGCUGUAGAGUUAUACAACAAUGCCAAAGAAAAUGCUAUUGAUAAAGACUUAGAUGGACUGGAGCGCUUCAAUCAUGAUGACCUUUCAUCUCUUCUUACUUGCAGUGAAGUGCAGGAAAGAAUGAGUGAUUCUAAAGUGCCUCACAACAGUCAGUGUGAUGAUGCUCUCUCUGUGGACAGGAGAUUUUCUCAAAAUUUAGAUACUGAUUCAUCAUCAGAUCGAGAUUAUUUAUUGCAAAAACUAUCAAUGUUGCAACUAAGAUUGGAAGAAGCAUCAAAAACAAUUAUGGCUGAAAGAGAGGAAAAGAGUACCCUUCACAGAGGUUUGGAACGCCUUCAAGGAGAGCUGACAGCGGCCAAAGGCCGUUGUGAAGAACUGUGUAUUUCUAGACAAGAGGUAGUUCGGGAAUUACUACAGCUCAGAGAAAAUGAUCCAGAGAGUGAUCCCCUAUGUGACCAACUACCAAGCCUUGCAGCGGCUCUUCAAGAACUCCAGGAAGAAGCUAGUCCACGGGGAGGAGCUGAUCGGCGUCUGGCUGAAUUACGCACCGAGGUAACCAGCGAUGAUUCUCAGCUGGAGCGUUUGCAAGCAGAAAAUGCUUCAGAGUGGGGACGCCGUGAGAGGCUGGAAUCAGACAAGCAGGCUCUGGAAAGAGACAAUAAGAAGCUACGUGCAGAACUUAGAGAUCUUCAGGAACGGUUAGAGAGACGUGGCAGACCUACAUCACAGACUGAUGCUGAUACAAGGCAACUUCAACAACUUGCCCAAGAACUCGCUGAUCGCACAAAGGAAUUGGCUGAUGUAAAACAUUCAUAUAACAAAUUGAAGAAAGUUCUUCAAGAUAAGUCAACCGAAUUAGCUCAUGCUGUUCGUAGAGCUGAGCAGUAUGAAGCAGAAGUGAAGAGAUUGAGAGGACGAGUGGAGGAACUGAAAAGAGAGUUGUCAGUUGCUGAAGAUGAGGUGGAUAGCGCUACUAAUAAUAUUAGGAAAUUACAACGAACAAAUGAAGAACUUCAAGAACAAUUGGAAAGUUUACAGUUGCAAGUCGAACACCUGCAUUCAAGGAUACGAUCUUCCUCAGCAGUCCCACGUGUUUCACCUAGAGCACCAGUGCUACACAGUCGUGAUGGGAGCGAUGGAGAUAUUGAUGACUACUGACUGAUCUCUAACCCCUGUUUAUUGUGUUGGAUCUAGUGGUUGUCCCAUUUGUGUGUUCUUGUCUUGUCCUAAAGAAGUUCAUCUUAUGAUCACAAUAUUUUACUUACCUUUUUUGUGUUCAUCAUAAGUUAUGAAUAUUCUAGAAAAGUCCAUUUAUAAUUAGUCGUAAUUUUAAGAUUUCUUUAUACCAAAGAAAUCAAACCACAGUAAAUUAUUCCUAAAAUAUAAAGAAGAAAGUUAUUAGAUUCAUACUAAGCAAAAGAGGCAUGGUCUCCAUGAUACUGAGAGCCCUACUAGUUUUAUGAAACAGUUUACAUUUGUUAAUACAUUCCUUCAAAUCAGCGCUAUUGUAUUUGGUUUUAUUGCUAUUUAAUUUUUAUAUUUCUUAAUGGAACAAAUUUCUUGUUAACCAUUUUACUCUCGUCAGUACAUGCAACUAGUAACUUAUUGGCCUCAUGACUGCAUUUUACCUGAUACAGGUGCUGUUGAGUGUACUGUGUAUUCUCUAAUUUAUUGUUUCUAUUUUUUGAUGCCUUAUAAACACUGAGAGCUACAAAAAAGAAGUGUACUUUUGGAAUAGUAGCAAAUGGAUUUUAUUGAAUUCUCUGCUACUACAAUAAAAACAAUUAAGCAAUA